AUGUACGGAGACGGCAAACAUGUUUGUACAAUUUCGCAAACGCCUGAAUGUGCGGAUGUGCCACCGACUGCUAACUUUUUUCAGAGACAGCGCUGCGUGGUCCGCGGGCUGGUCCUGCCGAGCGCGCGGCACCACGGCGCGGCGUUGUUCAUCCGCAGCCUGCAGCGGCUGCACAAGGAGCGCGCGCGCCACGCGUCGUGCGUUUGGCACCCGUACAGCCCCAUCAAGUACUACUGGGACUGCAUGCAACUCUUCUUCGUGUUCGCCGUCUUCCUCUACAUGCCCGUGCAAGUCUUCAUCAAAUGUCCUAAUUAUUACGACCCGUUCAUUCUAUUCACUGACGCGCUGGCUUUCCUCAACGUUUGUUCCCUGUUCGUGACAGGCUAUCUUGAACACGAACACAAAAUUAUCAUCCUAGAUCCAAAAAUGAUAGCGAUAAACUACUUGAAGACAAACUUCAUAACAGAUUUCAUCGGGUGUUUACCUUUACAGUUAAUAGAACCAUUUAGCGAGUGCGAGUACCCGACUCAUACAAUCAUGUUCCUAUUUAAACUUCUAAGAUGUACAUCACUGAAAGCGCAAUGGAAAAACGUCAUCGGCCAAUUGCAGCUGACGUACAUCAACUACGUCGCGUUAAAGAUAUUUGUGAUGUUGAUCAUGUUCUUUCAUUGGAUGACUUACAUACAUUAUCAAGUACCAAUAUUAUGCUAUCAUCUGUACGAAAAGACUGACGCUUUCAUAGCAUGGCUAAAACGGUUUCACAUCAUGACACGUGCGGGUGGCGGGUAUUCGAUAUUUGAGAAGUACAGCACGAAUUUUUAUUUGGUAUGUGGGCUGUGUAUCGGUGCGGGCUACUACACUCCGCUGGACACCCACUUCGUCCCCGAGCUACUGCUAUCCUCGGGCAUGGGACUGCUGGGGCUACUGUUCCUCACGUAUGCUUUCUCCGCCCUCCUCCGCCUGGCGAUAUAUCACCAGUUCGAAACUUACUGCUUCAGUGGCAAGUCCAGAGAGUUAGAGGAGUACAUGGUGUUCAUGCGGUUGCCGAAGUAUUUGAAGAGAAAGAUCAGAUUGUUCAUUAACUACAAGUUCAACGAGCAUUUCUUCCACGAGGAGGCGAUCAAGAACACGAUCAACGAGCAGAUCCGCCAGGACAUCAACAUGCACUGCUGCCAGCGACUCGUCAUGAACGUGCCGAUGUUCCAGGACAUGCCGGUCGCACUCAUCAACUCCAUUAUAUUCAGUUUGAAGCAAGUCUUGUACAUGCCUGGCCAGAAGGUGGUAGAAGUCAACAAGCCUGGCGAAUCGAUACACUUGAUAUCUUCCGGAACUGUGGCAGUUAUGGAUGCCACGGGAAGAGAGGUGGCGCAUCUACGAGACGGUGCGUUCUUUGGCGAGAACGCUUUGUUAUCGCCCGGCAUACUACGCACUGCUACCAUCAUCGCGCUCGAGAUUACAGAGAUUUAUAACCUGGACAGUGCAUCGUUCAUGGCGUGCCUGCAGCCCUACCCGCACCUCAAGCGUCGCAUGGACGACGUCGCCUCGCGCCGCCCCGCGAGACACGCGCGCCCGAGGCACAAGCCGCCCAAGAACUAG